GAUCAGGGGAAAAAAGGUUAACCACACGAGGAGCCACACACGACUGUAACACAUAUAGGCGGCUCCCACCAACCACGGCGACGGCGGCAGCGGCCACGGAGGAGGGCGGCGGAUCAGCGGCGCCGGCGAUGGCGUCCGUGGCGGCGGUGGAGGGCGCGGCCGCGGCGCUCCGGUCGGUGCUGUCGCGCGCGCAGCAGGCGGCGGCGCGGGCGGGGCGCGCGCCGGAGUCGGUGCGCGUGGUGGCCGUGAGCAAGACGAAGCCCGUGGGCGUCAUCCGCGGCGUGUACGACGCCGGCCACCGCUGCUUCGGCGAGAACUACGUCCAGGAGCUCAUCGACAAGGCCCCCCAGCUUCCAGAGGAUAUUGAGUGGCACUUCAUUGGGAACCUGCAGAGCAACAAAGCCAAAGCCCUGCUAGCUGGUGUACCAAGUCUUGACAUGGUUGAGAGCGUAGACGACGAGAAGAUCGCAAAUCGUCUUGAUCGGGUGGUAGCUGAUUUGGGGAGAAAACCUCUUAAGGUCUUGGUCCAAGUUAACACAAGUGGAGAAGAAUCAAAAUUUGGAGUAGAUCCCUCAGGGUGUGUGGGAUUAGCAAAACAUGUCAAGUCAAGCUGCCCAAAUCUUGUAUUUUCUGGUUUGAUGACAAUUGGAAUGCUUGAUUACUCCUCAACUCCAGAGAAUUUCAAGGCAUUGACUAGUUGCCGGAAGGAGGUAUGCGAUGAACUUGGAAUACCAGAAGAGCAGUGCGAGCUGUCAAUGGGCAUGUCUGCUGAUUUUGAGCAGGCGAUUGAAAUGGGCAGCACAAAUGUCAGGGUUGGAUCAACCAUAUUUGGUGCAAGAGAAUACCCAAAGAAGAACUAGGAUAAUUACAGGGUUUUAUUGUGAGACCGUGCAUCUAACAGCUGCAGUAUUGGUGGUAAAUAAAUAUCUAUUUCCACCGAUAUUUACACUUCGAUGUUUUACGCAAGUGCCAUAAAUAAGGAUAUUGUUUUGUCA